GUUCUCUCAUCUGACGCAAAUAUUAAUUGUGCUGCUGUUGCUGCUAAAUGUCUUACUGGUAUGGCAAAGGGUUUGCGCAAUAAAUUUGGGCCGCAUACAGCUUCAUUAUCUCCAAUUAUAUUUGACAAAUUCAAAGAGAAGAAGCCUCAUCUUCGUGAUCCUUUGAUUGAAUUAAUUGACGCUGUUUUUGCUAGCACGACUUUAAACAAUCUCUCGGCCAGUAUUUUGGAAGCUGCUAAGAAGUCUAAUCCUAGCCAAAAAUCUCAACUUGAUCAUUUCAUCUACAGAGCAUUUCGGUCGCUUAACAGCAAGGAUAUUCCUAAAGGACUUUUGAAAGAUUUGAUUGCGUCAUUAUCUAAUGUACGUAUUUUUAAUUUUCUUGUUUCACUACUUUUAUCACUAGCAUGCUUCUGA